UUUUUCUCUCCCUCCUCUUGGUUGUUUUUUUUUUUUUGUUGAAUUGCGGAAUUACUCUAAUGGCACACCGAUAAGGGAAUCGCUCGGGGCUGGCAGCGUGGAAAUGAUAUUUUAACACAAGGCAUCUUUUGUUACCGCGAUAUGAUUUACAGCAGGCGUCAGCUGCCGUGGUCCCGCUCAGGGAGGAGGACAAAUAAUAAUUAUAAAUAAAAAAAUAAUAAAUAAAAUCAGAAAAACACCACAAGGAGCAAACAGCGGCUCCGCGUCCUUCAUCGUCUGGGACAUUGAUUUCACAUGGACACACAUUCACCUUACGUAACCUGCGAAACGCAUCAGUGGAUCCCGGUCCUGUUGUCGCCGGAGAAUAGCAUGCACUUGCCGCUGCAGGUUUAGAUGAGGGUCGUCUGCCUGGAUUUCAUUGGGCGAUGCGGUACCUCGAGGGUGUUAAUGCGGUUGUCGUGUUGUAAACAAAAUAAUAAUAAUGUCAGCGGGAUCGGAGAGGGAGGUUUGUCUUGUUUAUUUGAAAAAAAAGGUACCUCCCCUGGAGACUGAGCGCGAGGCAGUGAGUAAUGUUAUAAUUGGCUUGAACUGUUCCGAGCUUUUUCCUCCACAUCGCUUCUUGUUUCUCUCUCUCAGCCAUGACAGGACCAGUCACAACCAAGACGCAGGGGGAGCCGUCUAUUUACAGCCGAGGCGUUCAUGCCUGCGAUAUACACAACAAUAGCUUCCAUUUUUCCCUCCUCAUCGGCAUCAAGCAAUAAUCAAUGCCAUUAUUGGUAAAGAUUCGGUCCCCCCCCCCCCCCUCCAGUUUGUCCGAUCACACCAGCAGCAGCGCUGCUCAGCCGGAGGAGAAAACUGAUGAAUCAUGUAUUGAUCUUGUGUCUCACCGCUGAGAUGAGAAUGUGUUUUGGCUGCUGGUAACCUCAAGUGACCUGACAGCAUGUGGUGGUGUGUUUGUGCCUCCCCUCUCCUCACCCUCCAGCCUCUCCACGUUGAAGACGCAGCAAUGCUCCAGCAGCAGAGGGAGGACCCGUCUCCGUCCCGCCGCCUCGGUCUGGCAUCCCUCCGCCUCCAGACACUGAAGCCCGGCCACGACUUCCCAUGAGGCCACCACCAGAACUCAGCUCGACCGCUCUGUAUGGGGCCUCUCACAUAUGAAUUGACAUGGAGGAUGAAGAUGGGACUUGUCUACUUGAUGUUUUGUGUGACCCCCAAGCCCUGAACGACUUCCUUCAUGGGACCAAUGAGCUGCAGACUGAAGACCUGCUCAUUAGCUCCUCCUCUGGGGAGCCCUCCCUCUUCACAGAUGCCCCGAGCCCCGUCUCUCUGCUGGGAGACGGCAGGGAUUCCCCAGACACACCUCCACCUGAGUGUGUGGACUUGUCCUUCCUGGAGGAGGCCCUCCUGUCGUCGCCGGAGGGAGGAGAAGACCAACAGGUGGUGCAGGGUGGGACGCCCGUGGAGGCCGCGUUCGAGGCAAAGAAGGGGGAAGUGGAGGAAGCGGAAGAGGCAGAGGUGGCAUGUGAUAUCCUGCAGCAGAGCCUGCAGGAGGCCGAGAUCACAGAGCAGACCAUGGCUCUGGAGGCAGAGCUGGCCCAACCCGGGGACAGCCUGUCCCUGUACUCACCUGCCCCUCUCCUCUCCUCACCCACCGUGCCAUUCAUACACAAAUCCGUGACCUUGCCCAUCACUCAGGCGUUGCCCAGAGACACCCAGGCAGCGGUGGAGCCUCCCCAGCCCUCCCUCCUGGCUGUCGGGCCGGGCUGCCCUUCUCUAAAACCUGCUGCCCCUCCUCAGCUGAUGGGGCUCCUACCAGGGAAUGUGUUCCCCGCUGCCUCACCAGAGACAUCCUUCUCUCUGACUCCUGCCCAGGCGUCCAGUAUGAUCAUCCACAAGGCCGUUCCCAGUAUGACCAGUCGCCCCCUUAUCACCCCAACCCUGAGAGCAGCACCGGGCCUCAUCCUGCAGCGUGCCCCUCUUCCCAUUCAACCCAAGCUGCCCAUCAGCAUUCAGCCCAGACUGGUUCAGAUUAGCCCCAAGCCUUCUGGGCAAAAGCACACACCAGGUCUUACAUUUCUCCCUGGGACUGCCUCACCAAAUAUUUUACUCUCCCAACCUCCAGGCCAAAAGCCUGCGGCUCCACCACCGCAGCCCUCCCAGCACCUCCACAAACAGGUCAGCCUGCAGCUGGUCAACCAGGGUGGCUCCUUUGUGCUCCAGCCUCAGGGACUCUUCCAAGGCCAAAACCAGUUCCUUCUUCCAGGCCAGUCCCCUGUUACGAUCUCCCAGUCUGCCAGUGCAGGUCGACCGCUGCUGACCCCCAGUCACCACGGCCCGUCGCUCCACAGUGUGAACGCCUCCACUGGGCAUCUGGUAGAAGGCUCUCAGAUCCUAACUGUGCCCCAGAGACAGCUGAACUUCAGCCCCGUCUUCACCACCCCUUCAGGGCAGCUAGCGCUCCGCCAGGCCACUGUGCUGUCAGGACCUUUGCAGCUACAGUCAGCGCCCCCUACUGUCUUCCAGAUGCCAGCACAGCUGACUGGAACCUACACUCCAGGAGGGCAAGGGCAGCGUACCACCCUGGUCCACAGUCCCGCUCUUGGAAACCACAUUACCUUGAUCAACAGUUCAGGGGUGCUGACCCCAGAUCUCACUUCCAUCUCGAUCGUCAACGGCCCCUCAGUAGUUCAGGGUCUGCCUUUUGCCGCCCAGGCUCCGGCUCCUCAGACAGGAGUGACAGAAGGACAGCUGAGCCUCCAGCAGGCCUCCGUGGUGCUGCUGCCAGAGAGAGCCAUUCAAGAGGAGAGGACCGGCUCAGAGGAGACGUUCCACCAGCUAUCGCAGCCCUAUGGACAUGUCCUCCAGCAUGUCUCGGUGCAGCCCACCUCUGCAGGGCUGCAGUCCUCCCCUCCUCCUGUGGUCACAAUCCUGCAGCCGCCCCCUGAACCACCUCUGGCCCCCGACCCAGCUGUGGAGAUCCCUAAACUCUUGAUGCCCCCAGCAGACAUGACCCAAGUAGUGGAGGAAGUGACCCACUCGAUGAGUCAGAACGAGGCCUUUAUGCAACAUCUGCAACAGCAAGCACUUAGUUCUCCUAUCACAUCUGAACUGUUGGUCGGAUCGCUGCCAGCGGUGCCGAUGGAGUCGCUCGCCUCCCCGGUGUCCAACGAGAGAGAGACUCAACCACAGACCCAGGCAGUCUCGGGUCAGGACGCCCGCACCGCGAUGUCCGACCAGUGUGUCGAGGCUCCUCCGCUUCACUCAGACUCAGUGGACACUCCGCUGAUCUGCUCCCCCUCUCCCAUCCCGGACACGGAGAGACCAGCUCCGACCAGUUUCUCCCCUCAGAUCCCUCCGCCUGGACCUGAGGGUUCAGUCACAACUCCCCAGACUCGCAUCGAGCCCCAAGUCCAGUACCAGGUCCCUCAUCAGCUCCAGGUCGCACAGGCCUUAUUUGCCCAGAACCAGGUGCAGAUAGAGCCGUCUGUCUCCCAGCCUCCGCCCCAGCUCCAGGUCCAGUCGCCCAUCUCCCAUCCUCAGUCCUCGGUCAACGCUCCAGUCCACAGCAGCCCCCCCACUCUGCGUGUCUCGGUGCCUCAGCAGCAGUCUGAUCCCACAGCUGCUUCUGCUUGUCUCUCCAAAGGAGGAGACGACUCCGCUGUCCAACAGCACACACAAAACAAGCCAACAGCUGCCUUGGUCGUGGAGAGUAAAGCGUUUACUCUCGAUGUUCAUCCACCCUCUCCUGCAGCCCCGGGUAUCCAGGGCCACGGGCCCCCCGGCCCCAUCCAGACGAGCCAGAACACCGGCACCAAGCUGGCAGAUCCUCUGGAGCGGCAGAGAGAGGACAGGCUCACACCAGCAAUGCGCAGGCACAGGUUCCAGCAGCAGAUUUGUUUGGACCACGCAGCGGUUCAGACCCCCUUCACCGGCCCGGCCUUUUCCACGCUGAAGGACGCCGUUAGACGCAUGCUGCCAUACCACACCUGCGCCGGUCACCUGCCCACUCAGGAGGACUUCAAUUUAGUGGACCAGGAGUUUGACACUGUGUCCGGUUUCCUGCUAAAACGCACCAAGGACAUGGUCAACAAAUACAGGCAGCUACUGGUGAGAGAAGCCCAGCAGGAGAGUCCGUCAGCAGAGAUGGUGAUGCUGGAGCGUCUCUUCCUCCAAGCUGAGCGAUGCGCUUUAGCAGAGGACAGACGGAGAGUCCGCAGAGACCCAGAGUCUUUUAUGACGGCCCUGGCUACAUCAGCGUCUUCCCCCCACAGUGCCCCCUCCUCCGGCUCCUCCCAGCGCUGCUCCUCCGGCAGCCCCUCUUCUCCACCAGCCUGGACCAGACUGUCCGACCGGCCCCCAGGACUGAAGACGUACCGCUCCAGCUCCCGCGGGGCUCUCAGGCUCACCAUCAAGCAGGAGUCCGGCUCCCGCAAGGUGGUUCACAACUCGGCCUGCGACCCGGGACUCAAGAGGGACCACACGGGGCAGCUGACCAACGGCGGCGGAGCUGUGAGCGAACGCCACUCUCAGGCACCCAACGGAGCACCGCGGCGUCCUCAGCACGACGAGGAGGGCUCCAACGGAGCUCUGCGCUGUAACGCUGCAGAGGAAGUCCCACAGACAGCACCCCAUUCCAAAAUAAAAGCCCCAAACCCUCUUUCUAUGCCAGAGCCACAGGUCGGUUGCUUCGAGUUGCCUCCCAGAGAUGUCAGCGCCCCCAAACUGAAAUGCUACAGGUUGGACGAGUCGCCUCGGCCGGAGCAGCGGUUCAGCCCGCCGCCUCCCCCCCUCCAAGAGGACAACAUGCUCAGUGAACAUCUACAGAGUGCCAUCGACAGCAUCCUGGAGCUCCAGCGCCUGCAGGGCCCCUCUGCAGCCCCGACCAGGGCCACGUCAGGCCCUUCACUGGACCAGGCUGUCACCAGCAUCCUGGAGGGACACCUGUGAGGUAAUCUGUCCUGACAAGACGUCCACACAGAUGCAGAAACAUCUGUCUGAGGUGGGAUGAAAAUAACAAACUUUGUAUCUGGUUCCCAGAACUAAAAGAGAUUUUGUUUCUGGGUUCCAGAGAUUACUUUUAAGUGAUUGUUUGAAAGAAGAGGGAGGAGGAUGGGGGGGGGAAAACGAAGAGGCACUAUAAAGAGAAGCAUACCAGACCACAGCACUAUCUGUAGUCCCAUAGAUGUUAGAUACUUCAUUUCGAUGUACGUUUGUGGAAAAAAAAAUCUAUUUGAAUAGGAGCUAUAUUGUUUCAGUGGUAGUUACGUCAUUCAGAGGUUUACGACACUGGUGUAACCUUCAUCAGCAUAUAGUAUAUAAGUAAUAGUGAGGAUAACGACAAUGUGGAGUAGACUGAGAUUAUUCAAUAGUUUUUAUAAGAUUUCUUUCAAAAAUGUGAAGUUUCUUUUGCAUAGUGCCAAGCUUCCAGGGUAUUUAUUUUGAUAAUCUGUGCCAAUCGUGUUUUCCAUCGAGAACGGCAGCGAGUGUGUGCGACGAGUGCGUGUGUGUGUGUGUGUGUGUGUGU